AUGGAUGACGUAACCGAAUUUAAUCUGAGAGGGACGAUAGCAAUAUUAAUAACUAGUACGAUUAGUAAUUUAGCAGUUUUCGUGGUAUUUUUGUGUAUAAUAAGCCAAAAUCAUUCUUCACUACAUACCGUGGUUACAAGAUUAGUCUUGAAUCUAUUUUUAUCCGAUUUUAUACAAUCAAUCGGGUUCAUGUUAAGCUACAAUUGGGCCAUUAAAGGGAUAAUAGAACCAGGAAUUUAUUGCGAUAUACAAGGGUUCCUCAUCAAUUUAGGAGACGUUGCCUCGGGAUUUUGGGCAUUCGUAAUAUGCGUGCAUACUUACAUGCGCGUGGUCCAUUCUUAUGAAUAUCCACAUAUAGUAUUCCUGUCCAUGAUAACCAUAUGGCCGUUCAAUAUCUUAAUAUCGGCUUUAGGUUUCGCCAUUCAACUUGGUACCGACGGAAAAAGGUUUUAUGGUAGCGCGGGUGGUAGUUGGUGUUGGAUUGAUAAAUAUUAUCAAGAAUAUCGAAUUGGUUUUCAUUACGGAAUCAUCUUAUUCAAUGCCGCGGCCAUGAGCGUCAUCUAUACCAUCAUGUUUGUGAUUCUGUACAAACGUCAAACAAUGGCAACGAGAGGAUCCAAGAGGGUUUUACAGAGAGUGAAUAAGAAGCUUGUAUGGUAUCCCGCCGUCUAUAUCGUUCUCGUAUUUCCGUUAGCCCUUCAACGUAUCGUUGGUCUUGCUUUUCAAAAUUCAAAUAUUUGGUCCUCUUUCUAUUUAAUUCCAGCGGCAAGUAUCUUUACGAGCGCAGGAUUAGCAAAUGCGAUAAUUUAUAGUAUCACUCGUAAUCUUGUAUCCGUUAAACCUGUGAUAUCCAUGGUACCCAAAAUUCGUCGAUCCAUCACCACGGCCUCAUCACCAACGACUUACUUUAUAAAUACGCGGAAUUCGUUCUUUACGUCCGAAAGUAUCACAACCGAUAUGGAACCCAUGUCAAUCACUUCAGCCACAAAGUCAAUGCGAAUAAGUUAUAUAGAACACUCGACGAUUUAUGAGUGUGAUGAUGAUAGUCGUUAUUCUAGCGCGGUGACUCCACCAAGUCCUAUCCAUUCAACUGAUCCAUUAAACAACCAUAAUCGGAAUUACUAUAAUUCUUCGGAUACGAUCUCUCCCGUUUGA